AUGCGCAUCCCCGAUGCUGUUGCUCAGUCUGGCAUUGGACAGACUGCUAUCACUGAUGAAGGCGGCGGGAUUGUGAAGAGCAUUUAUCGCUCUGUUAUUGUUAUAAGUCUAUCGUUUAUCUUCGGCUAUUUCAGUUCAGUGGUAAUAGUUUUUGUCAACACCGUGCUUUACCUAAAUAUUGACAUAGUUUACUUGAACCAGUCUGCUGGGCUUUUCGUUUCUUUGGCAACGUCUGCCAAUUUCUUCAUUUACUACUGCAUCAGCAAAGAGUAUCGUGGAGUUUUCGACAAAUAUCUCGGGAUCGGCCACCUCAGAAUGGCAUUAUCUCACAAGAUGGAUCGUACGAGUAUUCAUGUUGCACCCAUAGCACUUCGUUCGAUAAGUAAGAACGUUUUUAGUGGAAGGAUCUAG